AGCCUUUGGAGGGUACCCGAGAAGAGGAGUCCGGGAGAGGAGAUGAGGACCAGGUGCUUUGAGAAGGCAGCUACCUGGGAGGAGGCGCUUCGAAGACCCCCCGCGGCGCGGGGCCAGGCGCUCUCUGCUGCCCCCCGCGGAGGCGCCCGCGUCCCAGCCCCGGCCCCCCCAGCGGCUCCUCGGGAAUGCUGGGAAUGUGAGUCAGGGCGAGCGGGCGAGCGCGCGGAGCGGCCGGGCGGGGGGCCCGGCAGAGCGCAGCUCUGGCAGCGCCGCGCGAGCGCGCGUCUCAGGACUGCGGCGGGUGCCGCCCCCUCGGCCGUCAGCCCCGCCCGGCCCCGCGCCCGGCCCCGGCCCUCCGAGCCGUGCCCUCCCUCCCAGCCCCGCUCCACCUCCUCCUCCUCCUCCCUCUUCGGCUCGCUCGGGCUCCGGCUUCGGCGCCGGCUCCGGCUCCUCCCGGCCGCCCGGGGCCAGGGCGACGUGAGGUUGUAAAAAUCCAUGUGGGACGGCCCCGGGGCGAGCAUCAGAAAGUUUGGCUGUCAGUUUGGAGGUGGCAGUGAGGUCAAGAAAGAUCCCUUCCGGAGGGUAGAAGAGUUUGCCUUUAAGAUCCUCUGGAGUCAUUUUCUGGAACAGAGUGUGAAAAGAAUGCAUUGAAAAUUCUGGCCAAUAGUGGAAAUACUGGCUUAACCCCCAACUUAGUAUAACAUUCCUUCUCUUCAAUAGCACCUCAUAAUAGAAGAAAAAUGUAUGGAAGUGCAAGAACAAUCACCAAUCUGGAAGGCAGUCCUUCCAGAUCUCCUCGUUUGCCAAGGUCUCCUCGUUUGGGCCACAGAAGAACAAGCAGUGGGGGAGGUGGAGGAACAGGCAAGACACUGUCCAUGGAGAACAUCCAGUCCCUAAAUGCAGCCUAUGCAACAUCUGGACCUAUGUACCUGAGUGAUCAUGAAGGGGUGGCUUCGACAACUUACCCAAAGGGCACCAUGACUCUGGGAAGAGCCACAAAUCGAGCUGUUUAUGGAGGCCGAGUCACAGCCAUGGGGAGUAGUCCCAAUAUUGCUUCUGCUGGACUUUCCCACACAGAUGUUCUUUCAUACACAGAUCAACAUGGUGGUCUGACUAGCUCAUCCCAUCACCACCACCAUCAGGUCCCUUCCAUGUUGAGGCAGGUAAGGGACAGCACAAUGUUAGACCUUCAAGCUCAGCUCAAAGAACUUCAGAGAGAGAAUGACCUCCUCCGGAAAGAACUAGACAUCAAAGACAGCAAGUUAGGAUCUUCCAUGAACAGUAUCAAGACCUUCUGGAGUCCUGAGCUCAAAAAGGAGAGAGUCUUGAGGAAAGAAGAGGCAGCCCGAAUGUCCGUUCUCAAGGAACAGAUGAGGGUGUCCCAUGAAGAAAAUCAGUUACUGGAUGCCAGAAGAACCAAGCACCUGCAGUUGACAAUCCAAGCCCUUCAGGAUGAGCUUCGGACCCAGAGAGACCUCAAUCACCUCCUGCAGCAAGAGAGUGGCAACCGUGGAGCUGAGCACUUCACCAUUGAGCUGACUGAGGAGAACUUCCGGCGGCUCCAAGCUGAACAUGACAGACAAGCUAAAGAGCUGUUCCUUUUAAGGAAGACCUUGGAGGAAAUGGAAUUGAGAAUUGAAACACAGAAACAGACCCUCAAUGCCCGAGAUGAGUCGAUUAAAAAGCUUCUUGAGAUGUUGCAAAGUAAAGGGUUGCCUUCUAAAAGUCUUGAGGAUGACAAUGAACGAACACGACGGAUGGCAGAGGCUGAGUCUCAAGUCAGUCACUUAGAAGUGAUUUUAGACCAGAAAGAGAAGGAAAACAUACAUCUUAGAGAGGAAUUGCACCGAAGGAGCCAACUUCAGCCGGAGCCAGCCAAGACGAAGGCUCUCCAGACUGUCAUUGAAAUGAAGGACACAAAAAUUGCUUCAUUGGAGAGAAACAUAAGGGAUCUGGAGGAUGAGAUCCAGAUGUUAAAAGCCAAUGGUGUGCUGAACACUGAGGACCGUGAAGAAGAGAUCAAACAAAUAGAGGUUUACAAAAGUCACUCCAAGUUCAUGAAAACCAAGAUUGAUCAGCUGAAGCAGGAACUUUCAAAGAAGGAGUCAGAACUUCUUGCCUUACAAACAAAGCUUGAAACCCUUAGCAAUCAAAAUUCAGAUUGCAAGCAACACAUUGAAGUGCUUAAAGAGUCGCUUACUGCCAAAGAACAGAGGGCUGCCAUCCUUCAGACCGAGGUAGAUGCGCUGAGGUUACGACUGGAGGAGAAAGAAUCUUUUCUCAAUAAAAAAACAAAACAGCUACAGGACCUCACGGAAGAGAAGGGGACACUGGCUGGAGAGAUUCGAGACAUGAAGGAUAUGUUAGAAGUGAAGGAAAGAAAAAUCAAUGUUCUUCAGAAGAAGAUUGAAAACUUACAAGAACAACUUAGGGAUAAAGACAAACAACUAACCAAUUUGAAAGACAGAGUGAAGUCCUUGCAGACGGAUUCCAGUAAUACAGAUACUGCGCUAGCAACACUCGAAGAGGCUCUGUCAGAAAAGGAGAGAAUAAUUGAGCGUUUGAAAGAACAGCGGGAGAGAGAUGAUCGGGAAAGACUAGAAGAGAUAGAAUCUUUCCGAAAAGAGAACAAAGAUCUGAAAGAGAAGGUCAAUGCUUUACAAGCUGAACUGACUGAAAAAGAGUCUAGUUUAAUUGACCUCAAGGAACAUGCAUCUUCAUUAGCCUCAGCAGGGCUGAAAAGGGACUCCAAAUUAAAAUCUCUAGAAAUAGCCAUUGAACAAAAGAAAGAAGAAUGUAGCAAAUUGGAAGCACAGUUAAAAAAGCAAGCUGAGCAGUUGUUCAAUCAGAUGUACAACCCAGCUCAUAAUAUUGAAGAUGACUCCAGGAUGAAUCCCGAGUUUGCAGACCGAAUAAAACAACUUGAUAAAGAGGCCUCUUACUACCGUGAUGAGUGCGGCAAGGCCCAAGCGGAAGUUGACCGAUUGCUGGAGAUCCUCAAGGAGGUGGAGAAUGAAAAGAAUGACAAGGACAAGAAGAUUGCAGAACUUGAGAGGCAUAUGAAGGAUCAGAAUAAGAAGGUGGCCAACCUCAAGCACAACCAACAGUUGGAAAAGAAGAAAAAUGCCCAAUUACUGGAAGAAGUCCGCAGGCGAGAAGAUAGCAUGGCUGACAACUCACAACACUUGCAGAUAGAGGAACUGAUGAGUGCAUUGGAGAAGACCAGACAGGAACUGGAUGCCACCAAGGCCCGCCUGGCCUCCACGCAGCAGUCUCUAGCUGAAAAAGAAGCCCAUUUGGCCAACCUCCGGAUAGAAAGGAGAAAACAGCUGGAGGAGAUCCUGGAGAUGAAACAGGAAGCUCUGCUUGCGGCAAUCAGUGAAAAAGAUGCAAAUAUUGCCUUGCUGGAAUUGUCUGCUUCCAAAAAGAAAAAGACACAGGAAGAAGUUAUGGCCCUGAAGCGGGAAAAAGAUCGACUCGUGCAUCAGUUAAAGCAGCAGACCCAGAAUAGAAUGAAGCUGAUGGCGGACAACUACGAUGAGGACCACCACCAUUACCACCACCACCACCACCACCACCACCACCGAUCUCCUGGGAGGUCGCAGCAUUCCAAUCACAGGCCCUCUCCCGACCAGGAUGACGAGGAGGGCAUAUGGGCAUAGCCGGGCCUGUAAACCAAAGUUCCAGUUUUGUUUUGAGGGAUGAUCCAGCUCUGUCGGAGGCACGGAGGCACAGUCAAAUCUCAUGCUGUACAUUGAUCACCUGUCCAACCUUUGCCUAGAGUGGGAGCCCCCAGUUCCUUCAAGAGAUCCAACUUUACCUGUCUGUAAAGAAGAAGAGGAGGAGGGAGACAGCGGGGAGGAUCCGCUGGCAGUUUGACACCAGAGCAGGUCCAAUGUUUACUUUUACCCUUUUGGAGCUAUCAGAAGAGCUAACUAAAGGGGAAAUACAGCUCUGCAGCAAUGUUCUGAUCAUCUCUUGCAGCGUGGCUCCCAUCACUGGCCAUCACCACCUGGAACGUGCAUCAGGACCGAAGCGGAGCUUUUCAUUUUCAUUACGGCGCACAGUUCUGUUCGACUUGCUAUUUCCUUUAUCAUCUCACGUCAUUUCUCACGGAUUCAGAUAUGUUGGGCAGGAAGAACGAGGAGGAGGAGGAAAAUGACAGAUCCUCCGUUUCUGGGUGGGAGGGGGGUCUGGAUUUGGGUGUUCAAAAUGUGAUCAUCUCUUCUGAAUGUCAUUCUUUGAUACAUUUUAUUUAUGUUCCUUCAACAUCGUGGGAUAAACUUGAACUCCGUGGGAUUUUAACUGUGGCUUCAGCUUCUUUUGGACCACUUGCUUCAUCUCCGGUUCUGCUGCUGGUUCAGUCGAAGUGGUCAUUCCUAAGGCAUCAGAUUAUCAAAAAGUGUAAAUUCUGUGAGUGAGUGGUGUUGGCAGUGUUUGUACACCAGGAUGCAUGGAGUGUUUGACGAAGAAACCAAAACACCAAAAAUGGUGAGCCUUUAUCCUCCUCUAUUUCUUUAAUCCGCUGUUUGAAGAACCGUAUUUUGAUGGUGUAACCAGUAGUUACCUCUGGGCCAGGUUGGAAAUGAAAUCAAUUUUUUAAACCACUAAUACUUGCCAAGAAAUCGCCUUAUGAGAACAUGGUGUGUGUCUCUGACAAAGCAUGGCAUGUCCAAAUCAAUCAUUCAUGAUCCUAUCUACCCUGUUUCUGUGCUGGAGAGUGGCAACAGCCUGAGGCACCCGCGCCCUUCUAUUCCAUGUGGCCCACACAUCCCCGUGGCGGGGACGUACCCGAGCCUCAGGCUCUUACCAUUCCCAUACGCGCAGGUCUCCAUGGAGAAGCUGGGACUCAUUCACAUUUCCAGAUUCAAAUGCUGUGUAAGCUUAGAUCUUCUGGAAAUGAAGGGUCAUUUCUCUUUUUUUUUUUUUUUUUUUUAAUGUCUGCAACAUGGAUUCCAAAGCAUUUUCAGCAUCAAACAUGAAAACAUUGAUGAAUGAGGAAUAAUCACAAAAGCUGUGUAUCUGUAUAUAGCUCUACACAACACGUGUAUGGGUACAGAGUCAUUAUGUAAAGCACAUGCCAGGGAAAGAGACCAAAUUUGGAGGUCUUUUCCAAACGUUACAUGGUACUAAGGAGGAUUUAACUCCUACUGCUUUCUCUGAAAAUGAAACAAUAAGGAAGGUUGUUUUAACUGCAUAAAACUCACAACCAGUCUGGCAAACAUGUGCGACUCUCGCAUUGAUCCACUUUCUCGUCAAUGGAAGAAAGCCUUCCACAGGUACGCAAGUGGGAGACGAAAAUCUACAUUCUUACGAGGAUAAACAGUGAAGUAAAGCAUGAGUGGCCUUAAUAAAUACAGUUGUCUUUCUUUGCUGCUGUGGGAAGGAUUCCACACAGAUGCUCCUGAAGUCUUGCAUUGAAUUUAGUUGUUAUUAUCACUUUUCAAAAUGUUGGUGCAAUGAACUCCAGACCUCUCCCGUGAGCCAUAGAGAUAUUUAAAAGACAGACACCUUAUUUGUCGGGGAAGAUGAAACUGUGUCUGAGUUGCACUGUUCAUCCUUGGUGCGUUAGGAGUAAUAUAUCCAAGCAGGUUUCUUGCUUCUGGCUUUAUUCUUGUCGUCAGUAAGUAUAGUGAACUACGUAAAGCUUUCGUGUCACAUAAACAAUCCAAAUACAUUCAUGUUUAAAAAGUUUGUCCUUUAACUAUCAAAGAGUUUUAGGAUCUCGACUGGAGAAGAGAGCAGAGUUCUUUGCAAACGUUUAUAGCACAUUUUGACAUGAUGUCGCACUGAAAACCCAGGGCACGUAAGCGUGUCCCCAUGAACAAUUUGGAUGUCCUCAAAAAGGCGGUCCUCCCCGCCUCCUGCAGCCCGAUCCUGACCUGAACUCUGCGACUGAAUACUUGAAGCAGGUGUAGGAAACCCACUAGGAAAACUAGGGUCCUCGAAACAGAAAAAGCAACCAACCACAUAUAGUUAGCUAUUACUCAGUAUGUGCCAAUUUUAUCACAGCUGUUGUUUGAGGGGGCAUUUUUUGGCCCUACUUUUGUUGGGUUAAAGUAUUACCAAUCUCACCAUUAUGGGGGCAUAUUACUUAGUCCCUUAAAAAUUAAAUUCCAUCUGACAUAGCACAUUUUCCCAUUUCGUGUAAUAUUCUCUGAUGUUUUGGGGGUUACCAAAAAAAAUUCCCUUUUUCACAAAAAGAGUCUCUGGGUUUACAACAAACACUGUGAUGUUGGGGAGAUAUUUCCUUUGCGCAAACAUUAGCAGGUACCCUUCUAAUCAUAAUAAAGUUGGAAAAAAAAAAGUGGAGGCUAACAUUUAGGAGAAGUUGGUCUUCUUGCUCUGUGCAAAAACAGGCUUGUACUUUAUACCCCAUUUAGUUUUGAUGUACAGUCUCGAUUUUGUAUUUAAUGAUUUUUGUGUAUCCAGUAUGCACGUUAACAGCGUGUCAACUUUCAUUUGAAAAUGGGUUUCAAUUUACUUUUUAAACAGUGUUUAUGAUGAGACCGCAAAUGUGUUGACAUAGGCUCUCUCUGAGAUGUGUUUGUGUAGAGUAACAUUUGAAUGCUACCAGGGGUCAGUGUAUCUAAUUCCCGGAGACCCUUGUUUGAUAGUGCUUCUUGUAAUUUUUCUCCAAGUGAGUGGCAUGUGGGUUGUGAAUAUUGACCAUGUGAUUAUGGACUUCGAUAUGAAAACAAUACAUAAAACUAAGGAACCCUCAGAAACUACCAGUGGGCAUGUAUUAGCCAGUCAUUGUAACCUCGUGUCUAGUAGAAGUACAACAGCAUACAAGGUAUGUACAGUUCAUAACUUUGUUAUCAUGUGUAUGAGGAGUACUUUGUGCUGAUCGCCUUAUUUAUAUUCAUCAAAUAAACUUUGUUUCUUUCUGAA